AUACAGAGGCUUUGAUUAACGCGACUUCGGCACACUGAUAAUCCCUCCGUUAUCUGACGUUGAGACGAAAAGUUAUAUUUAACCGAUAAAUUGGUCUUGGAAAGUUUUACAAUAUUUUAACGACGUACAGUCGCCUUGCAUACAAGUAGAUGGUUCAUUACAUACAUGUAGUAUAUUCACUUCAGGCUUGAUACUAAAGGGAAUAUAGUAAAGAAUAUUGUAAUUUUUAUAAUUUUUCAUCGUUUAAAAGUUCAGCCGUCGAAUUCCAAGUUUUCCGUUUGUAGGUAAGCGUCAUGACGUCACCAAUCGUAGCAGUCUAUAAAAUCAAGUCGUGUUACAAAUGGCGUCCGUGAACCGACGCCAUCUAACGUCUGGCAUUCCUGUUUUUUUCCUGUGCGGUAAAACCACGGCUUGUCGUAGCGCGUACAAAGUUUCGGAAUUUUGUUUGCGUUAUUUCGCGUCCAAGCUCGAGAUAUUUGUAUACUUCGAAAUGCUUAGACCACACUCCUCUACGUGGUAGCUGCAGAAAAGUGUCCAGGGAACGCGGGAAAAGUGCGUAGGAACGAUGAGUUAACCGUGUGCGUGCACGCAGCGGGACAACCUCCGAUCUGAACCAGAAUACUCGACGCGUUGAUCGCCGUCCCUUUUUCGCCCAGUGUCGGAGUAAGUGCCUAGCAAGUGGCUGGGGGGUAUGAGCGCACCAGCUGUAAAGUCGUCCAUGCCUGGUGUGGGUACAUCCCCGUCUUCUACGGGCCAUUCUAUGUUACCAAUGAAUAUGAUGGCACAAAAAGUGGCCCCAGGAUCUGAAUCAGGUGCCAUGAAACCAUUAUCGGGAAGUGGUUUAAGCUAUGUUACUCUACAGCCACCGAGUCAACCAUUGAGUUUAGUACAGGACCAUAGGCAAUCUGUGUACCAGACUCAGUCUUAUGUCAGUAACAACUCUGAGAAAGAAUCUGAAUCAGAUAAACUUACUCAGAAUGGCAUCGAAGCAAGAAAAGUUGAUGGUGAAGAAGCACCAGUUUCUGCAAAGGAAAGCGAAUCCAAUCGUAAUAAUAAUCAAAGCCCUGAAAACUCAACACAAGACCAGCAACCUCAAACAGAACCAGAACCAGAAUUGCCAGUUCUUUCCUUGGAGUUCCCAGGUUUAUGUACAAACUCGCAGAAUAAGGGCGACGAAAAAAAGGUGCCCAUAAAUAACGGUUCCAAAGAAUCUGAAAUUACCACAGUUCCCCACCAGUCAAAGCAAUCGACUUCAACACCAGUUUCAACGCCGGCGUCUUCAUCGUCGAUAACACCAACGUCGACAACAUCAGCUGCUCCGGCAUCAACAACAGCGCCGAUAUCAACAGCAGCACCACCAUCAGAACCACCAUCAGAACCAACAUCAUCACCAACAUCAACAUCAACAUCAACAUCAACAACGGCCUCGGCAUCAGCAUCGUCGUCAACGUCAACGUCGGCAUCACCGCCAGUAUCGGCUCCGGUAUCGAUCACUGUGCCCGCACCAGCAGUAACGUCGGCACAGUCAUCAACCCCAGUUGCGGCACCAACUACUGAAACAACUCCAGAAACAACACCUGUGUCGGUCCCAACAUCAACAACCGGGUCAGGAUCAACUUCUACGGGGCAAUCUGCACCGUCAGCAAAGCCAACACCUGCUUCAAUUCCAGCACCAAAACCUCCACUUGUAACAGCACCAACCGUAACAACUUCGCCGACCUCAACACGCGCAACAAUAACAGCCACACCUUCUUCGCCAGCAACAACAACAACAUCGCAAUCUGGUGAAACAAAGACAAACGUGGAAUCGUCUCCAAAGACAAAAUCUUCAAAUCAGAGUUCAAAAUCGGCGGCCGAGUCUCCAAUUCCGGCAUCGCUUACGACUCCUACGAAGUCCGACUCAAAGGUCACUAGUCCGCAAAGAACCAAUAAACGAAAGUCUAGAGAACUAAAGGAUUUAAAAGGACAAGCGGGCGGCGGGGAGGGUGGCAGUAAACCCAAGAGGAACCGAAUUCAAACGCAGCCUUAUCAAAGUCCUUUGCCAGAAAUCGCAUUGAUCGUAAAAACUUUGAAUAAAACGCCCAGCUCAAAGAAUUCAGACGAUAAACUCAUUGUGUUCUACAAAAAUGAAUUUCUGGCGGUAAGGAAUGCCGAAGGAAGUUUCUAUGUAUGUCAGGCAAUGCAGAACAUUUACAAGUCCAGUCGACGUAUUCGCAUUCGUUGGCUAUCCCAGGAUAAAAACAAUGGAGAAAUAUAUUCGCCUGAUUUCUAUGACUUCACAGAUUUCGAUUGCAUACUGACAAACCUCAACUUAAAUAAAAUUGACAAGAACAAGUUCCAGCUGACGAAAAUUGAACUAUUGCGUACGGAGAAUAUUUUAAAACGCGCAAUUGACGUCGAGGCUGGCGUGUCGGAAAAACCCCGCGUAACAGAAGAGCAUCCUGAUGGACUUGAUCUUUCCCUCUACAAGGACGAAUCCCAAUUAAAAAGGAGAAAAGGAUCUGGCAAGCAGAAACAACGUCAACGCAAAAGAUCCAAGAGAUCCUCGAGCACGUCCGAGGAUGAAGUAAGCGAAGAGGAAUUGGAUAAGAAAGUUGCAGCAAAGUCAAAUCGUUCUAAGAAAAGAACAUCUGCAAACAAAGUCUUGGCAAUUGCCAAGUCCGUUGCCAAAGGACCCAAUAGAGCGGAAAGGGCGCUAAAUCGGGGUUCAAAGAAUAACAGUGGUACCGGUGCAGCCCCUGGUAUCGUAACCACGACCACCGCCACUUCCACUUCCACUUCCACCGCAACCACCACAACCACCACAACAGCGGAUACCAGUAAAAAGAAUGCGGAUACGAAGAAAGUGGAAGCUAAAAAACCGAACAAACAGCAAAGCAACAAUGCGUCAGGCACAGUGCAAAGGACAAAGCUUCGUGGGCCCAGUACAGCGAACACGCAAGAGGGCAGUAGUAGCACGGCAGGACGUCCAAAGCGAGUUGCAGCCACAACGGGUAUCGCAUCCAGCGAGGAUACUUCACCUCGUAAAAAGCCACGUGGUAGAGCGUAAGACGACACACCACCCUCGAUACCACUCCAUGUAUACAAGGUCUGCGUCGUAGAUAAUAUGUACAUGGGGUACCGGGUAAAAAAUCGCGACACAGAACAUCCGUAUUUUAACUCCAAAGACUCCACGUGUAAUUGUUACUCGGAACUCGAUGAUGAACGUCCUAAGAGUAUCGCGCGACCAUUAAUGGAUGCUUCGAGGAUGCGACCCGGGAGACGUCGUUCGUGACGACAAGCGAAAGAUUUGAAAAUCUGUUUCGGACGACGGACCGACGCCCUGAUUUGAUUUGACUCUGAGGCAACUCUCGAGAUAACAGUACGCACCAAUGGCAAUUACGGCAGCAGAUAAUAUUGUUAUCCAACAUUUUGGUAUAUCAUGGUAAACUUGUACAUAUCGUUUACGUCACAGAUUCGAAGCACGGCAAACGAGUAAAGGGUCGCGCGACGUGUGCAUAACGUGGGUAAUAAUUAUCUAUCCCUGGUGGGAUAAUAAUUAUGUACAGGGUGUGUCGUAAAUUAAUGCACUCUUGCAAUAGUCUAUUUUUGAUGUUGUAAGUGAAUCGUACGUGAUUCAGUUGGGUUUAGAAUACACUUUCCAUUGGAUAUGAUAACUAUGUACAAAUAUAUGUGUCUGGGGUAUAUAAGUGUUCUGUAAAACAGAGAGAGAGAGAGAGAGAGAGAGAGAGAGAGAGAGAUGGAAGGCGUUUGAAAGAGCGAAAAUAUGAGGAUGAGAAAGAGAUUAUAGUACGAGCGACAGGAAGAGAGAGAGAGAGAGAGAGAGAGAGAAAAGCAAUCCGAGUUCUAUAGAUCUAUGAGCCAUAGAUCAAUAGAUCUAGAAAUAUAAGAUAUAUGCGCGCAAUCAUAUUGCAAUGCGUGUCUUUUAAGAGAAUUUUAGAAGAUAUGGUCCAAGAUCUAUAGAUCCGGAGGCCAAAAAAAAAAAAAAUAUUAUUUGUAAUACCCGAUCAAUUGGAAUCACAACUUAGUUGACAUGAUGUCUAGUGACAAAAUUUUGAACUAGCACAAGUAUGUCGUAAAGACUUUCUAUUAUACUUACACAUGCAUUACUAGAGUCGUCAUAUAGGUCCAUGGGUGUGUUAUUUUAAUUUUUAAGGCAAAUUUAUUGAAAAAUUAAUUUCAAGUACCUAUUUCAAUAGGCCUCAGCUCCGGUCGAAAGGAGACAAAUGAAAUCGAUUGACUUUUAGCAUCUGCAGAAAGCUGCGCGCUGCAAGCGACUUUUAUAUGUUGACGUCAUAUUUUACUAGAUCACGGCCACCAGUUGUGAUCCCAAUAGACUCCUGUUGCGAUUCACAGCACGACUGGAUCUAUGGAUCUAAAAAGACCCAAGUCUUAAUACAAAUUGCUUGACGCAGUUUACUAUGAAACUACGCUUGACAAUUUAUGCGAUCACGAUCCAUAGAUCCAUGAUCUCACGAGGAUCAUGCUGACCGGUGGUGCCCUAUAUUGAUUUAGCCACACAGAAUGUAUUUUAUUGUAUUUUAAAGCCAAGCACUUGAUUGCUCUAACAGUUUUCGAUUCAAGUGUACGAAACUUAAUAUACUUUUACGUUACUUUUAUUCUUGCAUUAGACAGAGUGUAUAUUUACAAUUGAAAUAGCAAAUUACAAUUUUCACUUUACCAAAUCCAAGGUAAGAUUUGUCUAUGUAGCGUCUAAGUUAUAUAUUACAGAAUGCAAUUGCUUUGAACGUGAUUGGGAUUACUGUUCCCUAUUGGCAAUGACCUAUAUGCGAGUAAGGGAAAAAAAAAAGAAUAUUUUUUAAUUUCAAAAUAACAAUGUUUACGGAUCACUAAAAGCUUUAGAGCCUUAUAAAUAUUUCUAAGGAAUGUAUUCCAGGAAUAAAUGGGAAUCGCAGCUGUUACGAUAAUAUUACCUUAGAGAAGUCAAAAGCGAAAAUAUGUUUAAUUACUUUAAAAAGGUAACGCAUCGGAUUUGGGCGAAUGAGCGAUAAAAUUGAGUAUCGCUUUAAUUAAUUAAUUAGUAUUGAUUAAGAUUGAAUUCAGGUGCAAGAUUUAUAUUAAUUAUUUUAUUCACCGCCAGCCCCCCCAAGGUCUUUAUAAAAUCUAAUUGCAAUAGCUUCUUUCUUUCCGUACUUCUUCCUCUACGUCCAACGUUUAUCAUUGUUAUUCGAAAUCUUAGUUUAUCUCUUUUCUUCCCACAGGGACCUCCUAAUGCAAUGUGCAUCACGAAAAAUGAAAGAAAAAAAAAACAAACAAACGGCAGCAAGAAAACAAGGCAGGAGAGCAUCACUAUUAUUUCAGACACAAUUAGCACGUAAUGAGAAACACGUCGUGGCCGGUAUAUUUAAAUGAUUAUUCUUUAAGCUUCAUUUCUCGCUUUCCUACUACAUUUCCUUAGUAUGAAUUCUAAAACUCAUUGCAAGUACUACGAGUAUCGGUGUGUCUCUAUUUACCUGUGUGCAAUUCAACGAGAAACGAACAUACCCUCAGGCGAAACUUUCCAUUGCCAAUAUUUUUUUUUUUUUUUUUGUCAAAGAUGAUAACGUCUGACAAAUCAAUGGACAACCCAUUCGUCACCUCUAACAAGAAAACAUUGGCAAUGGAAAAUUCUACUCCAUGGAUACUCUCAGUGAGUUUUAGAACACACCCUUAGUUUGCUGUGUCGUACCACGUGCUGGCAGCGCUGUUGCAAUUGGGCAACGUGAACAGUACGCGCAUAGAUAUAUUUAUAUAUACAAAUAUGUAUAUAUAUUAUUCUUUUGUUAUGAGAUUACGCGUGGAGAAGUUGUGCGGGAUGAGGAUAGUGGAAUAGUUGUAAUCAAAGGUAAAUAGAAAGUUGAAAAGAUUGAAAGAUCCAAUUGCACCCUUUUUACUUGGAAGAUAAAAUGCCUCACUACGAAUCUUUUAGUGAACACGGUGCAAGAGGUUUGUUGUGUGUUAUAUAAGUAUGGAAUAUGUGCACAUAUGUAUGACUCAGAGUGUCCUUAGAAGCUCCCAGGCGUUUAUCGACCUGCAUUGGAAAAUUGGGUACGAUAUAAUUAUCAUAUUAGAUGGUUAAGGUGGGUCUGAUCCUCAAAGGGCGACACGCAGAUGCUCGAUGGAAUGAUCGAUCGGUUAAUAAUUUCACCGACUUAUUGCACAUUGUAUUUGAAACGAAGACACUUGGAAAUAACACAGGGGACAUGCUUGUCCCGCUACACGCACACAAGAAAAAAAAAGAAUUAAGGCGCUCGUCCUCGCGAGCGCAUAUUAACAAGAAGACACAUUGUAUAAAUUUAGUAAAGAAUUUUAGUAACGAUAUAUACCGAGAGGUUGUCACUGUGUGUUGGUCACCAUCCAAUUUCAUUAUUAGAUGAACGAUUAUCUUCUUCUGUUUUUUUUUCGUCCCCUCUCGAGCGAAGUGCAAAAAAAGAAUAAUACAAUCAACGACCUCCUCGAUAAACGAAAGAUAAUGUCCUACUAGUAAUAAUCAGCGGUGAUGAGAUCUUCUGAUUACUCGUAAAUGUACCAAAUUUCUAAAAAAAAAAAGUAAAGAAAAAAAUAAGGGAAGCAAAAUAAGAGAGAGAGAGAGAGAGAGAGAGAGA